UAAUAAUUUGAUGCGUUUAGAUCAUCAUAUCAAAAAUAUUGGAAAACUUAAUACCUACUCAUUUUGAUUUGAAAAGUAAAGUUGAAUUAUUUCUAGUUAUUAAUCAAACCUACUUUGUUUUAAAUAUUGAUUGCAAUCAGACAUUUGUCUGUUCUCUAAAUAAAUGGCAGCUUUAAAAUCUCCAAGAUCGCCAAAGUUGGGACAAGUGAAAAUAGGUGAAAAAGAAGAAACUUUUUGGGAAAAAAUUGGAACUUUAGGUAGAAAAAAGAAAAUAAAAGAAGUUCAAGAAAUCCAAGAAGAAGGAAAAAUAGCUAUUGAUUCCCCAGGAAACCCUAAUCAACCUGAUAUUCCGCCAGAGGAUUAUAGUUUACGAGAGCAUGAACAGCGUGCUGUUAUAGAUCCCCAAUCUUAUACUGAACCUCAGUUUUUAAAACUGCAACACAUUUUGAUUGAGUGGAUAAAUGAUGAAUUAGCCGACCAAAGAAUAAUUGUCCAGAAAAUUGAGGAUGAUCUCUACGAUGGUCAAGUAUUACACAAAUUAUGGGAGAAGCUAUCUGGCAAAAAAUUAGAUGUUUUAGAAGUAACCCAAUCUGAAGAAAGUCAAAGGCAAAAACUACAAGUAAUUCUUUCAGCCGUGAAUCACACACUUGGAUUUCACCAUAAAAUACCUAAGUGGACUGUCGACAGUGUUCAUUCAAAAAAUGUAGUAGCGAUUCUCCAUUUACUAGUAGCACUAGUGCGUCAUUUUAGAGCUCCAAUUCGGUUGCCCGAAAAUAUUUUUGUUACUGUAAUAAUUGCAGAAAAAAAUGAUGGUAUAUUGAAUGCUCAAAAAUUUCAAGAACAAAUAACAUCUGAGUACGAUGAUUUGGGCAUGAGAUGUGAAAAAGAUGCAUUUGAUACUUUAUUCGAUUGCGCUCCUGAAAAGCUUACAGUUGUUAAAAAAUCUCUCGUUACUUUUGUUAAUAAACAUUUGGCAAAAUUGAAUUUUGAAGUAAAUGACUUAAAUCAAGAUUUUAGAGAUGGGGUUUAUCUUUGUUUAUUAAUGGGCUUACUUGGAGGAUUUUUUGUGCCGCUCUAUGAGUUUCACUUAACACCGAAAGAUGAGGAUCAAAUGAUUCACAAUGUUGCUUUCUCAUUUGAAUUAAUGCAAGAUGUUGGGUUGCCUAAACCAAAAGCUAGACCAGAAGAUAUAGUGAACAUGGACCUAAAAUCCACAUUAAGAGUUCUUUACAGUCUUUUCACAAAGUUUCGAAACGUUACUUGAAACGAGCAAUGUGAAAUUUUAAUAUACAUAUUUAUUGUACUGUAUUUCUUUGAAUUGGACACAUUUUUAUCGUAAUACCUUAUUUUUAGCGCAUUUUAUUUGGUACUAAUGUAGUCAACGUAACCUUUUUUAAUAGAUUGUUUAUUUGCUAAUUGUUUAUACUAAACUAAUAAAUACUCCGAAAGUUAAGAACUGGAU